UUUUUUUGUAUUCAAAGGCGGGGUUUUGAUAAAAAUUGUGUAAAACUAAAACAACAUAAGCUAAAGCCAUGUCUGAGGCACCGGCUGAUGAGAAAAGAGUGACCCCACCUCAGGUAACUAAACAAGAGAUGACUCGAGAAGAACAAUUCAACACAGCGGCAUCUGUUUUAACGUCAAAGCUUGCACAAAUCGCUGGACAAACUCUUGGAGCUGAGGCUUCUGAAUUGCAAGAUUUUGAAAACAUCAGUGGCGAUGAAUGCCUCCCUGUCGAUUUAGAAACACAAGCUAGGCUUGAGGCUCUGUUAGAAGCUGCUGGUAUCGGAAAGUUAUCGACAUCAGAUGGAAAAGCUUUUGCAGACCCCGAUGUUUUGCAUAGAUUAACAUCGACUGUUUCAUAUGCAUUGGAUGAAGCGGCUGCUGCUUUGUCGAGACUUAGAAUUGAAGCCGCAGGACAAGAUAUACAGAGAACUUUACCUGAAGCUUGUAGCGAUGGCGAUGUCGCAACAGUUCGGAGAUUAUUAGAAGAAGGUAGAAGUGUGCAUGAAACUACAGAAGAUGGAGAAAGUCUAUUAUCUCUCGCUUGUUCUGCUGGAUAUUAUGAAUUGACGGAGGUUUUGUUAUCAAUGCACGCAAAUAUAGAGGAACGAGGCCCAAAAGGGGGUUGCACGCCAUUAAUGGAAGCAGCGUCGGGUGGUUAUAAGGAUAUUGUGGAAUUAUUAAUUGCUCAUGGAGCGGAUCUUGAUGCCACAUCCAGUACAGGAAAUACAGCACUUACAUUUGCUUGUUGCGGUGGAUAUGAUGAGAUCGUAGAAAUUUUGAUUUCUGCUGGUGCUGACCUUGAAGUACAAAAUGAAAACGGACACACACCUCUAAUGGAAGCUGCAUCAGGAGGACAUGUUAAUGUAGCAGCAAUUUUGUUACAACAUGGAGCUGGCAUUAACACUCAUUCUAAUGAAUUUAAAGAGUCAGCGUUGACAUUAGCAUGUUAUAAGGGACAUCUUGAAAUGGUUAAGUUUUUGCUUCAAGCAGGAGCAGAUCAAGAACAUAAGACUGAUGAGAUGCAUACUGCACUAAUGGAGGCAUCAAUGGAUGGUCAUGUCGAUGUAGCAAAAUUACUUCUCGAUUCUGGUGCUCAAGUGAAUAUGCCAGCUGACAGUUUUGAAUCUCCACUAACAUUAGCAGCAUGUGGAGGGCACGUUGAGCUUGCUUCGUUGCUUUUGUUACGAGGUGCUAAUUUAGAAGAAGUUAACGAUGAAGGAUAUACUCCGUUAAUGGAAGCGUCGAGAGAAGGACACGAGAAGAUGGUUAUCGUACUCUUAGCUCAUGGUGCAAAUGUCAACGUUCUAACUGAGGAAACACAAGAAACAGCGUUGACACUAGCAGCUUGUGGUGGAUUUCUGGAAUGUUGUAAACUGCUGAUUUGUGCUGGAGCUAAUCUAGAGGAUGGAUGUUCAACUCCACUCAUGGAAGCUGCACAAGAAGGACAUUUAGAACUCGUCAAAUAUUUGUUGGAGCAAGGUGCAAAUGUAGAUUCUCAAACCAGCAGUGGCAAUACUGCAUUGUCAUAUGCAUGUGAACAUGGUAGAACAAACGUCGCUGAUGUUUUGUUGCAUGCUGGAGCUUGUCUCGAACAUGAAUCCGAAGGAGGAAGAACUCCCCUCAUGAAAGCAGCAAGAGCUGGUCAUUUGUGUACAGUACAAUAUCUUAUCUCCCGAGGUGCAAAUGUAAACAAGAGAACACGAAACAAUGACCACACAGUUUUAUCAUUAGCAUGUGUAUAUGGCCAUUUAUCUGUUGUUGAGCUGUUGUUAUGUCAAGGAGCUGAUCCAACACAUAAGCUUAAAGAUGGAUCUACCAUGCUACUGGAAGCUGCUAAGGGUGGUCAUACAAGCGUCGUUCAACUUUUGUUGGAUUUUCCUGAAAUUUAUAUGAAAACAACAUCAAGACACCAAGCUAGCAUUCAGGCAAAUAAUUCACCAUCACCUGAACAACCAGUACCUCGAGUUCCUACUCAAACAUUACCAAUCAUAGUUCCUCCUCAAGAACCAGAUACUGCUCCUAUUGAGAAUGAUUUUACAUUGAAACUCUCAACACCAGGCAAAACAAGCAAGGUUGCUGAACCUGAGCCUAACGUAAUAGAAGCAACCGUCGAACUACGUGACAUGAAAAAAAUAUGUCGUCACUAUCAACAAUCUAUUCAAAAUGAAAAAAAUUUAGCCGAACCGUUACAAAGUCGGGUUUCAAACUCGCAACCUUCUGAGUUAGAACAAGAUGCCGCUUCUUUGCUAAAGUCUACUGCUGUUACAUCAGAAACAGCAGAUUUGUCAUCAGACACAAAAUUAACUCAACUUGAACAAAGAAUAAAACAAGCAAUUGAAAUUAAUGCAAAAAUGAAGUGUUUAGAAGCAUCACAGAAUUCUCUUGGAUCGAAGAUUCAAGCAAUGUGCGCUGAUGAAGAUUUACAACUUCUAAAAAAACAGAGAAUCCUGGAAGAACUUCAGAAGGUCGAGUUGAAUUUACAAGAGAAAGCGACACGUCAGUUCAAAGUGAAUUCAAAUUUUCAUUCGGUACCGGACACUGCACACCAAUGUGACAUUUCAAGAGGUAAUCCAGAUGGUGGCGAUGGUAUCAGCGGUUACAAUUUUCAAAAAGAAGAAGAACAAUGUUCGACAAGUGAUGAAGAUGAAAAUUUACAACUUGACGAUUCUGCUUCUCCAUCUCCAGCAUUACAAGACAUGGAAUCAAUGGAAUCAAAGCAUUACUCCACACCUCAAGACACCACUGAUGAAUUUGCAGCGACUGAUGAAGAAACUGUUGUUACGCCGACGCCUUUUGUUCCUGAGAAUUCGCUGCUAAAACCUGACGACAGAGCUAUUCGUAUUGAAAUGGACAUCGAUUGUUACACAGAAUCUAACAACGAUACUCCACUCACUCUGGCUUGUGCUGGUGGUCACCGCGAAUUGGUUCAGUUAUUAAUUAGCAGAGGAGCUAACCUCGAACAUAGAGAUAAGAAAGGUUUUUCUCCUCUCAUUCUUGCUGCAACUGCUGGUCAUGUUGGUGUCGUAUCCACGUUACUCGACGCAAAUGCUGAUAUUGAAUCUCAAUGCAUUCGAACAAAGGAUACUCCAUUAUCACUUGCAUGUUCUGGGGGAAGAUUGGAAGUCGUAGAAUUGCUUCUUGAACGUGGUGCCAACAUCGAACACAGAAACGUAUCAGACUAUACCCCAUUGUCUCUAGCGGCAUCUGGUGGUUAUGUCAGAAUAAUCGAAUUACUGUUGAACGCUGGAGCAGAAAUCAAUUCACGAACUGGAAGUAAAUUAGGAAUAUCACCUCUAAUGUUGGCUGCGAUGAACGGACAUACUGAUGCUGUAUUAUUGCUGCUGGAUAUGGGAGCAGACAUCAAUGCUCAGAUUGAGACCAAUCGCAACACUGCCUUGACCUUGGCUUGCUUUCAAGGUCGCCACGAAGUUGUCAGUCUGUUGGUUGACAGACGAGCUAAUGUUGAACAUCGAGCCAAAACUGGACUCACUCCAUUGAUGGAAGCCGCUUCAGGAGGUUAUGCUGAAGUUGGUCGAGUUCUACUUCAGAAAGGUGCCGAUGUAAAUGCUGCACCAGUGCCUUCAUCUAGAGAUACUGCUUUGACUAUUGCUGCUGAUAAAGGACAUGUCAGAUUUUGUGAACUGGUUCUGUCAAGAUGGGCAUUUGUUGAUGUUCGUAACAAGAAAGGCAAUACACCUUUUUGGCUUGCAUGUAACGGAGGUCAUCUUGAUGUUGCUAAGUUGCUCGGCAGAAAUGGAGCUGAUUUGAACACAGCAGAUAACAGAAAUAUAACUCCACUCAUGGCUGCAUUCAGAAAAGGACACAUCAAGGUUGUACGAUGGGUUUCCAAGCUUGUGUCUCAAUUUCCAUCUGAUACAGAGUGCAUGCGAUACAUUGCGACUGUUUCUGAUGCAGAAUUAGAGAAACGAUGUCAUACUUGCAUGGAUUGCAUUGUUUCUGCAAAAGAAAGACAAGCUCAAGAGGCAAAUAAAUAUGCUUCAGAAUUGCUGGAUGAAAUUGACAAAGAAAAGAGUCGAGAGGAGAAUAGAAAGGAGAGAGCUGCUCGUAAAAGAGAGAAGCGUAGAAAAAAGAGAAAAGAAAAACAACAAUCAACAAAACAAGAGAGAGAAGAUUGUGAGAAUGAAGAAUCUGAGGAAGCUAAUGAUAUCCCUGUACGGUCACCAACUUGUGAACCUCCACCUCCAUCAACAGUCUUACCAGAAGCAAGCAAAAUCUUAACAACAACGACAACAUCAAGUAAUAAUGAUACAUCAACGCAAUCGUCAUCAACAACAUCUGAAUCAAAAAAAUCAAGUAACAAACAAAAACAAACGCUACAGAAAGAACCUUCACCGCCGAGAAUUCCUGCUUGUCAUGCACCGGCAGAUGUAAGAGUAAAGCCAGCAUCUCGACCUUCCAAACAACCACCAUUAUCAACAACAUCGGUACUCAAUCAACAACUUCAACAAACACCAGGAAGAAGUAAAAAUAAAAAAGACGAAGAAUGGAAAGAAGUUGUCAGAAAAUCUAAGAAGAUCACAGUCCCAUCGAACUUGAUAUCUCGAGUCAUAGGAAGAGGUGGUUGCAAUAUCAAAGCCAUAAGAGAAGUCACAGGUGCUCACAUCGAUAUCAAUAAACAACGAAAAGGCCUGGAGAGAACAAUCACAAUUAGGGGACCUGUUGAGUCUAUUCGUCAUGCUCAUGAACUUAUCAAUGAGUUGACGAAAGAUAAGAAUUCUGAUUGCGAUAUCCAAGUCAUAAUAGCAAGCACUCAGAAAAAGUUUGCUUCUUCUGCACCUAAGACGAACUCUGUGUCAACUCAUCCAACACAGCCUUCUGCAGUGGAAGCAACAACACUGUCAACACCAAGGACUGUUCCACCAGCAAAUGUUACACCUGUGAAAAAUGCCCCAAAAACAGUGCCACCAACACAAAGAAGACCCAUCGGUAGACCAAAAGAAAUUCCAACAUCAAUGUCAUCAUCGACUGUACAAAAUGACACUGAGAAGAAUAUCACAGAAAAACUACCAAAAAAUGUGGCUCCUGCCCCUAUUCCAGCUGUCUUUUCUUCUGUUCCAAUCAAAUCGAUGGACAAUACUGCUGCACCUACAUUGCCUAUACCACCUACUAGUGUCUCACCUGCAGCUUCGCCACCUAUGUCAACUGUGCCAUCUGUUGUUGCUAGUCACAUGAGCACAGCUCCUCUACCUUUCAUGGCUCGUACAGCGGGAAAACCAGUGAAUCGACCCGUUCAACCAGUAGCUCCAAUGAUUUCUCUCAAAUCAUCUCCAUAUAAGACACAACAACUUGCUGCUCCUGGAAGCCAUAUCACAACAUUUACCACAGCGGGCUACAGUCCCACUGACACAUCAACAUGGCAACCUUCUGCAAUGCGAUCUCCAGCAAUAGCAGAUCAUCCAAGACCAAUACAACAGAUGCGUCCGUUUGAUUCAACGCGACAAAAUCAAAUUCAGCCUUCUAAUUUGUAUUCAUACAAUGAUCGGCUUUCUGAAAAUGUGAAUUCAAAUUUUAUGUCACAACAACCAACAUCAGGUUAUUCUACGAACAAUCAGCAGCAACAAAUGAAAACAUCAGUCUGGGACCAAGAUAUUCAGUCAGAAUCUAUUGCUGCUGGAAACCAACAACAACAGUUAACAGCAAAUAACUUACAGAACAACAACACAACACCAGACGUUCAACAGGAGAGAAAGAUAUGGCCGAUAGGAACUGAAAGAGCAUUCAAUCAUCGUAGAUCCGCAGUUCUGCAUCCUGAACAACAACAACAACAUAUUUCAAAUAAUAAUGCAAGUUUAUGGACGAUGCCAAGACCAAUGCAUGAUCCCGAUUCCUAUUCCAAUUGGACCGGAUCAGGAACUCAAAAUCCACUUUGGCAAAACGCAAUUAACAACAACGCAUCUCUCAGUGGUCGAGUUCCACCAUUGCCACCUAAACCUCUUGAUGGCCAAUUUGUGAAUAGUGAUAUGAUGAUGAAUGCUGAUCCGCAAAACAUCACCUCCGCUUCAAUUCGUCCAGAAAAACGAGAUUCGAUGGAACUCACAAACACGAUGCCGGGUCUUUAUCAACAACAAGCGGCGAAUAUGAAUAAUUUAAUCAUGACAAACGUAUCGGGAGUUGGAACGCAACCUCCUAUCGGAAGUCAUCUCGGAAAUUCAGCAAUCGAUUCAGCGAAUAGAAGCGUUACAGUUGCACCACAGCCUGUUAACCCUUUACAAGUAGGGGCAUUCAAAAAUCAUUUUGGGGGAGGAUUGCCUGAUCAGAUGCAUUCUUUUGUUGGGAUGUCUGCUGGUGGGCAAGGAUAUCAUUUCGGUGCAAACGAACGUAAGAAUUUAUUUGCUGCUGCGUCCGAUGAAAACAAGAGACUGCCAUCAAUGAUUCCUGAACAAUUUUCACGGUUUCCACAGCAAAUGCAAUUCACUGAUAGAUUACAGGAAAUGGACAACAUGGCGUUCAAUCCACAAAUGAUGAUGUCACCAAACAUGAGAAUGGGAAACGUGAUGCAGAAAGAUAUGUCCAUGUUUCAACGCAACGUUGGAAUAAGACAACCUAACGUCAGCUCAUCACAGCAGAAAAAUAAUGAUUCUGAUCCUGCCAUGUUAUUCAGUGGAUCAUCUGGUGCUGUCAAUUACAUGGCUGCUAAAGACAAUUCAAGUUGGAAUUGGUGAUUUUUUUGUGAAAAACUUCAGACGUCAGCUGCUGGAUACUGCCAAUAGUAAUUAAUAUCAUUUGCAAUAGUAGCAAAACUGUUCUUGUCGGUACAUACAUUUCUGUUGUGUAAACGUUUUUGCCAAGCAUGUUGUAGCUACACUUUGUAUUAAAGUGCGCCUGGUGUGAGAUCAUUUUAGAUGAUAUUACAUGUUCUGCAUUCACUUUUGAAGUCCACAUUUGAAAACUUCAUUUUAACAACUGAUUGAUAUGGGUGCUUUCCUUCACUUGUGCUCCAAAAUUUAAGGAUAUGUUUGGAAAGUACUAUAGACUUCAGCAAGCAAGCGCAUCAUAAUUUUGUUGCCUUUUCCCAAAUUUUGUUAAUCUUAAUAUGUUCUCGGUAGAUCUAUAUUUUGGCAUAGUGUAUUCUCCAUCAAAAAGCACGAUAUUCUUUUUCAAAAUAUACAGACAUUUUUUUGCCUAGAUUGCAUAAUGCCACAAACUUUUUUUUUUGUUUCACUAUAGUUGAUAAAUUAACUUAACUGCCUCGUCAGAAUGUUCUCUUCAGCCUAGACAUUCCAACCGUGGGCCUUUCAGCUUCGAGACUGCAUUUUCUUUUCAUGUUUUUGUCUUUAUGUUAUCUCUUUACUAUUUCUACUGGCCUAGUCAGAAAUUGCUUCCAGUCGAGCUUCGGUCAAAUAAUCUCGGACUGUAUAUAGAUAAACUAGCAUUUUCUGACUGGGAAUAAUAGCCUUUCUUUCACUCUUUCGAUUCAUUUUUUGUCAUGUGGUGUCUUUCUCUUUAAUAUGAUUGGCAAUUGUAUGUUAAAUUAAUUGAAAGGUUUGGGUAAAAGUCAUCCGAAAACUGA